UCCUGGCCUUUUUCGAGGUUGCACAUAUACCUCGAUAGCUUAGCGGAUCGAAUCCUUUUUGAAUGGGCUAGUUCCUGAGGAGGAAAACAUCAAUACUAAUCGUUUCCGAUAAUUGCCGCCAGGGAAUUAGCCACACUUAUAUCUGAGAGUUAGCACGUGCUAGGUUCAGUUGUAGCAAACACUAACCACCGGACUAGCAGCAUGGCGAACGUCAUGCGAACGGAUUUAUUGCUCUUAUGUCUAUUUCAAGUGUUUUUCGUUGGACUUACAUUGGCCAGAGAACCAAAAGGUGCCGGGCGACGCAGCAAGUAUAUCCGGCCGAAAGACAGCGACGAGCAUCGCCUGUUCAGUGACAUCUUGGGUAAACACUACAAUAAAUUCGUCCGGCCGAGUGCAAACUCGACACAACCCAGCAAUAUCACGCUUCAGAUCUACCUCAAGAAGAUUAUGACAGUGGACGAAAAAAUGGAAUAUAUGUACACACGUUGGUUCUUGGUAAUGUCGUGGGACGACUACCGACUUGCGUGGGAUCCUAAGGAGUACGGGGGACUUGAGCAGGUCGUUGUCCCUGGUCAGACAGUGUGGCUACCGGACAUUGCUCUAUUCAACGCAGUUUACGGCUAUUACAUUUUUGCAAGUUACGUCAAGUAUGGCGUCAUCCUCAACUCGAAGGGCAAGAUGGUGUGGACGCCCGGGGGGACCUACAAGACAUCCUGUAGCAUCACCGUCACCUACUUCCCCUUCGACAGACAACACUGCAAGAUGACCUUCGAGUCUUUCACGCACACGGCCAAUCAGGUCCAGCUCUUAAAGCGUCCCGGCGGGGACACGGUCAACCUGGAUGUCUACAAACGUAGCGACCAAUGGAGACUAGAAAACGUCACGGCCAUCUGGGAAAAGGAACCAACAUAUGAAAGCUUCUGGACGACCCGGAUCCACAUUGACUUCCAUAUAACCCGGAAGUGUGGCUAUUACGUCAUCAAUAUUUUGACGCCGUGCGUCAUGAUCUCAUUGUUGGCUGUGACUGUGUUCUGUGUACCCCCGGACUCUGGUGAGAGGGUGUCUUUGGGCAUCAGCAUCCUCUUGACACUCACUGUGUUUCUGUUACUCGUCGCUGAUAACAUCCCAAAGACAUCUGAUGAGCUACCUCUUCUUGCUCUUUAUCUGUGUGUGCUGAUGGGCAUGUCCGCCCUAGCAGUCAUCCUCUCCGUCAUCAUCAUCCACGUGUACAAUAUUGGCGGGCGGGCCAUCAUGUCAGACAAUGUCCGGAAGUUCAUCUUCUCCUACCUCGCCCGCGUAAUCUGCAUGAACCGCCAGCGCCACAUCCACGCGCACAACAUGAGGCGAUUCAGCACCAACCACCACACCACCAACAACAUCAUCAGCAAGACACUCAUCAUGGAACCAGAGCCCUAUAUCAACAACAUCGUCAACAAGGACUUCCGGCGCGACAGCUACGAGAGUGAUGACAGGAUGGGACAAGACUACAUGAACGCCCUAGAGGACGAAUGGAAAAUGGCGGCCCGUAUUCUGGACCGGUUUUUGUUGAUCUUUUACUUUGUUACCAUCGUUCUUAUUAACUCCAUCUUCCUCGUCCUCAUCCCUAUCAUUCUGAGUAGUUGAAACUGUUAUGUGCGCAAUAGGUCUGUUGAUAAGUGUGAAUGACACGCCCUGUUUGAAGCCCGCGAGACCGGUUCAUGCCCCGUCCUUAGACCGACUACCCAUGACAGACCAAUUGAUUGGUCCACUGCCCUGAGUUGGACAUCCUGACGAACAUUGCUUGUCUGAAAAUGACGUCACAGAAAUAUUUCUUGGGACAUCCGUUAUAAGGAUAACCGUGAAAGAUUGCCGAAUUGAGUCACGAGCGAGUAGAUGAACUGAUAGGAAAUGCGAUUUGCCAUUUCAAACUCAGACGCCAAGUUUUGAGUUCGCGAAUGUUUAUUAGUACGGGCUUCUUUCUAUAAGUUCGUGGUAUAGGCAAUUAAAUUAAAUCAAAAGUUUAAAAGCAAUUAGUAAAAGCUGUUUAACGUCUUAGGCCUACUUAUUUUUCCUGGACCACCAGCAUUUACGAAUGGCGUAACCCUUCAAAGACCUUUCCGACACGACUUCGCAGAUAUUUUUCUUGGCGUGCUCUUAGUUUCUGGGACUUGUUGGUCUACUUAUCCAUGAUUAAUGGCUCUCCCUCCAGACGCGGCAUCGGUCAUAGGUCUUGUCUUGAACCGGGCAUUUGCUUGAGACGCAAACAGGGUUACAUCGACCUACAACGCCAUAUUGCCUUCGUUUUGAACGCAUGGCGUCAAACAGACAUUCAGGAUGACCAAUCCCCUGCCUUCCUGCAUGCAGAGCAUGAAGGUCACGUGUCUUCGAGGUUGUGGGUUCGGCACCAGAACGAAAGGGCUUCGGAAUCAAAGAUGGCGGUUUGUCCAUCUUAAAGGUGAACUGCUUUGGAUACAACAACAAAAAUUCUUUAAUCAAAACACGGAAGAAACUGAAAAAGCGAGGCUUGGGUGCAGGCAAAGGUUUUCGUCAAAGCAUCAUGGGCCCAUAGAAUAGAAUCUAUGAUGAUCAUCACAUAUCACGUUUUACAUCGGAUCUCCCAUCGUAGAUUCUAUUAUGGGCCAUCAUAGGUUCUAUGAUGGCCCAUGGAAACUUCUUAUUGAAAUCUCAUCAGAGCCUCUAUGACGGUGGGUCCCAUAUUAGUGCGCAUAAACAUCAAAGUUUAUAAUAACCCAAUAGUGUAACAGUCCAUAUCGCCUUGUUCACGGUCGGGGUGGAAUUGGUUAAAAACUCUUUACUCCACAGGGCCAACAACGUUCUGGUCUCCUUUUCUGACCAGUUGUUGCUUGCACCUUUCUGUGGCUUUUUGGGGCAUUUUAUUCAGCUCUAUGAAAGGUGACACUGACAGCGUGGUUUGUGUUUACAAGUGUUAAAAUCCUAUGAUGAUACGUCAAAAUUUAAUAACGCAUUCCACCAUGGUGGGUCCAUGGUAGAUUCGGCCAUGUGGUUUCCAUCAGUGAAUCUAUGAUAGAGAUUCGCCAUCAUAGAUCGUUGAAAGCCCAUGGUAGAAUCUGUGAUAGUUAAUACCCUUCAUAGCUUCGAUGUUAGACACUUUUGCCUGUAUACUUAUAGCGUGGGCGUGUUUUUAAUUAUGAUUCCGCUACAACUUCGCUUCUUUCAAAGUGUUCCAAAACGAUUUGUAAUAGUGCAAGGGGUUCCCCAUUAUUCCGGCUUUCUUUAUUACAUUUUAUCUUUUGUGAUUUUUUUUGAGAGAGAGUGACGUGUUUUGCCUGAUUUUCCUUUCGUGAUAAUAUGAUUUAAAGCUACAUGUAGCGUGAAAAUAUAGUUCAGUUCCGCCCGAUUGUGACGACGACGAGUUCUGGAUUGGCAAUGGUUUGUUCUCUUGAUAGUAAUAAUCAAACGGUCUCAGAUCGGAGAACCUAAAACAACUUCUGACCUUGUUCCAAGGAUAAUUGAUUACAUGUUUAAAUUUGCUGAUUUAUUGUUGUUUAGAGUCGGCACAUUCCCGGUGAAACGUUUUUGUUAUUCCCCAUAUUUUAGUGUUUCCAUACAAUAGAAUUCAAGAGAGCAUGACUUACAUUUUUUUAAACGUGCUAAUCUGUUAUUCAGUGUUCUAAAACAAAGAGUCGAAACACUCAGAAAUAGAAACACUCAAAGACGUUACACCGGUGUUACGUUUUGUCACCCAAAUGGUGUUUGUUGUGACAAGCAAUGCCGCCAUGUGACAUCAAUUUCUAUUCCACAACACCUCCAACUCAUUGAUUGAAAGUGAUUUAAACUGCUUUGUGACCGCUUUCAUAUUUUGUACCAACCAAAGUGGUUAUGGCUAGGACAGCAAAGCCGCUGUAGCUAGAACGAGGCCCAAUGUAAAAUGCACAGAAAAUGAUACUUCAAUUACAACCACGGUUUUAAAAAUGUACAACCACAAAAUCCAGGUCCUUGGUUAUACCAACUUGUUAUAAUUUACAAUUCCUAUUUUGAAUUUUGUUGAAAUAUUUGUAUGAUUUAUAGUGAUAUUAUUUGUUGACCAUUAUUUGAAUUUGUACACAGCGAUGUUUAUGCUCUAUUUUAGUUUCACGGAACUAAGACCGGUUGAUUAAUUACAUCGACAUCUAAACAAAGUCGGAACAGGAUGAUGAUGUCAUGACCAUCGGACAACAUGUGGCAAUUUAAUUUUGGUUGUAGUAAUGUGUUGAAUGUCACCAAAUGACCGUUUUGCAUAUAAUAUCUAACUCGAACUGAACAUUCAGAUAAGGUCUUAGUUCGGCGAAACUAGAGUAUUUUAUUUCAUGGGCAAGACUCCUUUGGUUUGUUUCUUCCUCACGGCUUUAAAGUUAGUUUUUAAACCAUCUGGAUUUUACCGCAUUUGUGUGGGAGGAACCCAUAACUAUAACAUCGUUCGACUUUGAAAAACCUCAAAAUCAAUAAACUUUCUCCAAAACAGUUUACAAUUAAGAUGAACUUAGAACGCUUCCAUUUGUCUUCUUUGAUGGCGUUAAAUCAGCGCCACUAUCGGCAGGAAGUAGAACCAAAUAUUUAAAAUUUUGUAUCUGGUUAUACGCAUGCGUACGCUUCCGUACAUGCGAAUACAUAACUACAUUUACAACGACUUUUUAAUGCGCAAGCUGGACACAAAAUUUGGAAUGGUUCCAACGUCUGCCGCUUGUAGCGCUGAUUCAUUGUACUCGGAGAAGUAUUGCAUGUUCGAUAUACAGUGUCCGUUGAGCGCGCGUGACACAGCUGUUUUUGUCCCCCAGGUUUCUUCUGAAGAGCCGUUCAGGAUAUUGAUGAGAAAAUAAUAUAAUAUGGUAUUUGGCAAUCAAGCUCACUUAACUGGGUGGACACUGUAAAGUGAUAAUUUCGAAUCUAGUGUAUCUGGUCAAUUGCGCCGACACAGCGGUGGAUAGGUCGGUCAAUUUGGCCGUUGGUGUUGACAAUAAUAUUAUGAUGUUGUAUAUAAGAAUACGCAUGAUUUUAAAAAGUUAAUGUAUUUGUAUAUCUGCGUUUUCCUACCACCAUAUAUUUGUUAGGUCUCCAAUGCAUGCCAACCCGUCUCCUUAAGAGACUACAACAUAUCAUAUCUCUGGAUGUUUUUGCUAGGAGGGAAGAUAUGCUUUCACACCAGUUAUGCACAAGGGCUAAUAUCAUAAAGGAAUAACCACAAAGCUAUAACCACAGAUGUGUGAAUUGGCAUUUAAUUUCUUCUGGCGGUUCUAAGAAAAUCGGUCAAAUCGCCUUGGAUCUUCGCCGCGAACUGAAGUGAUAACUUCACGUUUAUUUCUUUAUGGUAUUAUGUAUAAGAAUGUACUAUGUAUCAUAAAGCAUAAUGCAUUUCUAUGUAUUAGAGUGUAUGUACUGUCAUAGCAUAAUCUGUGAUCUUUUAGACAGCGUUAAACCCCUUUGUACAUAUGCCCAUCUUCGCUAGAAUUACCAAAUGUGUCCACUAAAUAUCAAUGAAAUCAAAUAAAAUGGAGGUAAUGAAACGAAAUGAAAUGAAACGAAACUAUAUUAUAUCAUAUUAUAUUAAACGAAACGAAACGAAACGAAAUGAAGUGAAGUGACACAAAAUCAAAAUGAAAUGAAAUUCUUUUGUCGGAACACAAUCAGGAAACCACGAAGAUAAAAAUACAAAUGUACUAGGAAUACAUAUCUAACAUCUAAAACUGAUUAUAUACAGAUUAUAUACGGUAUUAGUAACGAAAGCAGAUAUACUCGUAAGGUAAAGUCAUGUGGUAAGGUUAUAAUCGUUGUACAAUUAUAUAUAGCCCCUUCAUUGUGGAAAACAGCUCGCAGGCAGUACACAUUACUGCACACAGAGGGUGUAUUUAAUUGUACCGGGACUACAAUUGUACCAUAUUCCCUUACUUUGUACAGAAAAUAGAGAGGUUAAGAACUGCCCAAAAUACGAACGUACUCGGGACGUUUCACAAUCUCACUAAUAAUGCUCCUGAUUAUCAGUUUAUAAGCAAGACAUGUAUGCGAUAUUUGUGAGCAACUCAGAACUUAAUUUAAACGAUUUAUUCGAGAUUCGAUUUUAGUCCGAGACGAAUAAUGACAUGUAAAAUAGUGAAUGUUGUAUCAAAUAACUGCUGUACCUUGCCAUUUCAUUUGUUACAUGAAUAAAUAUUGAUGUUGUAUCGUGCAGUGUAAGAUUCGAUGGAAGUUUUCGGUUGGGUUACCUCAGACGAAAUGCUCUACCAGCCCUACAAUCUGAGCACUUUUGACCAGUACACAUUUACACCUGGGUGGAGUAAGGCAUGCAUUCUGAAGCGACCAGACCAGAGUCUUACGCCGAACGUGGGUAUCGAAGCGAUCUCCUGACCGCUAGUCGAGAUUCCUUGCCACUACACCACGACAGCGUCAUCAACUUGACAGUCUUGAUGACAUCAACCCGAGAAAUAAUCACCUCGUUUGUGUUAGUUCUCGGAUCCAAAUCCGAACCUCUCUAAUUGCGGGACAUGGUUGGAGAUUGACGGAAACGUUUUGGGAGUCGCUUGACCACCUGCGUAGUAUACCGAAGUACGUCAUAAAGAGGGAUGACCAUGAUAUCAUACAGUAUCGAUAUUAAACCUGCAUGUGAUCAUUAACGUGUUGAUUGAUUAACCUGUAAAUUCAUAAUAAUAACUGUUGAUUAAUAAUGUAAAUAAAUUACAUGUGCUCUGUU